AUGCCAAGUGUUUCAAGUGAUAAUGUUCUACAUAAUAAGACUGAUGAGGCUCUAACCCUGCUGGAUGUUGAGCUGGUUGACAUAUUUACCUCUACGAGGCUACAAGGACUCCAAGUCCUACACCGUGGUUUCCUAGGUUGUUCUCCACUGCAUCAAACUGUCGCCAUUUCACUCUGCAUGCUUGCAGCCUAUCAACACAUUCAAGCACAGUAUAAGACCUUAUGUCAUCUUCAUGAUAUUCCAUACCAACUGUAUCUCAACACACAGUUCUCAGACACAUAUGACAUUUACCUUGAGAUCUUGCAUCAGGUAGACUCUAUCGUCAAAGCAGCACUGAAGCGAGACACACCAGAUUGGCACCUUCUCAACUCAUGUCCAUGUUGUUCUUAUAAAGUAGAGGAUGAAGAUGACAUGGCUUUUGAAGAUGAUUUGUGGACUUAUCAUUCUGACUACCAGCUCCAUCAUGUGAAAGUUGACCAAUUCCAACUCAAUGGUGCUCAACCUUGUGCAAAAGGACCCGCUGAUGAUUGGGAGGAUGUUGUACAGUCAGCCUUGGCAUCAUUCAACUGUGUUGACUGGUGGAAAAAUGCUGGUUCAGGAGCACAUAAACACAUGUUUUCAGUUUUUGAUGAGUCCGGCAUUUUUAUUGCAGCCUGUUGCCACCAGUUCAUUCUCUUAGUGUGUGAUAUAGUCAAAAGUGGUGAACUCUCAAAGUACCUGCUCACUAUUCUAGAUCAUCUACUCAAUGUCUACGGCAAAAAUUGUGGUGUUGCAUAUGACAUUGGCUCCACCUGGGACCCCGUGCUUGUGAACUCAAUUUACGAAUGA